AUGUCAAACUGUGAACUUUUAUACGUAAAAGGAAUGAAUCUUUCAGAAACAGAAGAUGAUGCCGCAGAAGAAGAUAUCUGGGAUGACAGAAAGCUAAAUGAUGCAUAUGACAAGGCUUUAAAAAUUGCCAAUACAGAUGUUGCAAAGCGUCUGGCAAUGUCCACAAAUACACAGCACUUGUCUAAAACUAACUCAGAAAAAGGUCAUCCGAAAAUCAAGAAAGAGACUGCAUCUCAAUCUGCAAGCACAAAAAAUGCACAGAAGAAAACUAUACAGUGGAAAGCUGGUAUGCCAUGCCGGGCUAUAUAUGAGGGAGACGGCCAGGAGUAUGAAGCUUUUGUAUUAAGGCUUAUAAGUGACCAGGAAUGUAUUGUCAGAUUUCUAGGAUAUGAAAACUCAGAGAUAGUUUCUAUAAGCACGUUAAAGCCAACACUGGGCAAACACGAGCGCACGCGUCAAAUACAGCAAGCAUUCUGUGACAAGGCAGACGAUGGGUUUGCGAGCCAGUCGCCUAUAGACAAUAUGGAAUGUAGUGACGUAGGAACCAGCCCUAGGAGCGCGGAAGGUUCAUUACAAAGAAAAAAGAAAACACCGAAAAAGAAAAGAAACCAAAGGAUGACGAACACCUUACCUGAUUUGCCAACGCAAAUGAUCCACCCGGAUAUGUUGGGAAAUCUGGGCUCAAUGGACAUGCCUCUCCCACCUCCACCUCCAAUAGGGUUUACAAACGACCACUCAGAUUCUGAAGAGCAGGCAAUAUCCUCAAUGUUGCUCAGCUGGUACAUGAGCGGUUACUACACUGGACUUUAUCAGGGAAUGAAAAGAGCGAAGGAGAAUCGAAGAAAUUUGACGCAUUAA